AUGCAUCCAGGAGAUUGUCUUCUGCCUGAACCUCAUCUGGGGAAAGAGUCUCUGCUCCAGUCUCUGCUCCAGUCUCUGCUCCAGUCUCUGCUCCAGUCUCUGCUCCAGUCUCUGCCUCAGUCUCUGCCUCAGUCUCUGCUCCAGUCUCUGCUCCAGUCUCUGCUCCAGUCUCUGCUCCAGUCUCUGCUCCAGUCUCUGCCUCAGUCUCUGCCUCAGUCUCUGCCUCAGUCUCUGCCUCAGUCUCUGCCUCAGUCUCUGCUCCAGUCUCUGCUCCAGUCUCUGCUCCAGUCUCUGCUCCAGUCUCUGCUCCAGUCUCUGCCUCAGUCUCUGCCUCAGUCUCUGCCUCAGUCUCUGCCUCAGUCUCUGCUCCAGUCUCUGCUCCAGUCUCUGCUCCAGUCUCUGCCUCAGUCUCUGCCUCAGUCUCUGCCUCAGUCUCUGCCUCAGUCUCUGCUCCAGUCUCUGCCUCAGUCUCUGCUCCAGUCUCUGCUCCAGUCUCUGCUCCAGUCUCUGCUCCAGUCUCUGCUCCAGUCUCUGCCUCAGUCUCUGCCUCAGUCUCUGCCUCAGUCUCUGCCUCAGUCUCUGCUCCAGUCUCUGCCUCAGUCUCUGCUCCAGUCUCUGCUCCACCUCAGCUCCCGCCCUCUCUCUAUAGAUCCAGGAGCCGUCAGAGUGGCACUUGGAUCGACAGAUGGGUCACGUGUUGCGGUGGGUUUGAUUGACAGCUCGCCCACCCAGAGGAGGAAGUGUUUGUGGAGGUGUGGAUGUGAGACUGACAGCUUUCAGAAGGAGAAGGAUGAAAGAGAUGAACGUGGCGUUAAGACAAGUUAA